UGUGGGCCUGGGAGAGUCAGCAGUCAGCAGCGCAGCGGCGGGGACCGCAGCCCGGCGACCCUGGAACCUUCCAGGUGUCACACUCCUCAGUCAAUCCUGCUGACCUGUGAGUCUGAACUAAGAGCCCUGGAUGGUGAAGAGAGGAGACUGUAGCAAAGGAUCCAGUUCCUGGUGCUUUCUGAAGAAUCUCCUUCUCAUAUGCGGGUUCCCACUGCUCAGCCUGAUGUGCCGCCUGUGAAUCAGAACUCAGAGCCCUGGAUGGUGACUAUAUCAGAGGAUUCAGGAACUCAGAGAGGAACACGAAGAUGAAUGCUUCUCUGCUAAAUGUUACCAAGGGUCUGUUAACAUUCAAGGAUGUGGCUGUGGACUUCUCACAGGAGGAAUGGGAAUAUCUUGACAGUUCUCAGAGGGCAUUGUACAUGAAUGUGAUGUUGGAGAAUUACAACAAUCUGUUUUUUGUGGUUUUUUCAGAGAAUCACCACAUGUGUCACAAAUAUAAGAAUGUCUUGCAUGAAGACCUACAGCGUAUUGUCCACCAGCAUGUGAAUAUCCAAGAGAAGUCUUAUAAAUGCCAUGAGCUUGCCAAAAUCAUUCAUGAAUCCACCCAAAAUACUCUUUAUAAAAUUAACUUCAGAGAUACAACUGUUGAAUCAUCAAAGCUAAACAGACAUAGAACUGGAAACACCAGAGAACCUUGUAAAUAUAAAAACUGUGCCAACUGUUUAAAUUUGUGUUCUAUCAUUAGUCUAAAUCAAGGAAUACACGUAAAAAAGAAAGAAUACAAUGGUACAGAGUUUGAGAAGAUUUUUGAGUCUAAAGAAAAACGCACACUGAAACAAACCAAUAGUGGAAAGAAACCUUACAAAUGUAGUGAAUGUGAGAAAUGCUUCACCCAGAUAUGCGAUUUUAGAAGUCAUCAGAGAAGUCACACAGGAGAGAAACUUUGUAAAUGUAGUGAAUGUGACAGACACUUUGUCCUUAAAAGUGAUCUUAGAAUUCAUCAGCGAAUUCAUACAGGAGGGAAACCUUACAAAUGCAAUGAAUGUAUCAAAUCUUUUACCCAGAAAUGCAGUCUAAAAAGACAUCAGAGAAUUCAUACAGGAGAAAAACCUUACAAGUGUAGUGAAUGUGACAAAUGCUUUACCCAUAAAUGCAUUCUAAAUAUUCAUCAGAAAAUUCAUUCAGGAGAGAAACCUUACAAAUGUAGUGCAUGUGGCAAAUGCUUUACUCUAAAAGGAGAGCUUAGAAUUCAUCAGAGAAUUCAUACAGGAGAGAAACCUUACAAAUGUAGUGAAUGUGAAAAAUCUUUCACCCAGAAAGGCCAUCUUAUGACUCAUCAGAGAAUUCAUACUGGAGAGAAACCCUACAAAUGUAGUGAAUGUGACAAAUGCUUUAUUCAAAAAUACAGUCUUGUAACUCAUCAGCGAAUUCAUACAGGAGAGAAUCCUUACAAAUGUAGUGAAUGUGACAAAAGUUAUACCCUCAAAAGUGGUCUUAGAAUUCAUCAGAGAAUUCACACAGGAGAAAAACCUUACAAAUGUAGUGAAUGUGACAAGUCUUUUAUCAAAAAAUUGUAUCUUAGAACUCAUCAGAGUGUUCAUACAGGAGAGAAACCUUACAAAUGUAGUGAAUGUGACAAAUGCUUUACACACAAAUGCAGUCUUAGUAGUCAUCAGAGACUUCAUACUGGAGAGAAUCCUUACAAAUGUAGUGAAUGUGACAAAUGCUUUACCAACAAAGGCUAUCUUGGAAGUCAUCAGAGAAUUCAUACAGGAGAGAAACCUUACAGAUGUAGUGAAUGUGACAAAUGCUUUACCCACAAAGGCAGUCUUAAAAGACAUCAGAGACUUCAUACAGGAGGGAAACUUUAGAAAUGAAGGGAAUGAGACAAAUCUUUUACCAAGAUAGACUCUUAGAACUUAACAGAGAAGACCUAUAGUAGAGAGAUGUUACAAAUGUUGUAAAUGUGCAGAUACUUUACUCUUGGCUCAUCUCAUAGAAUACUUCAGAGACGAUACAGGAGAGAAACUGACAAAUAAAACAUGUGAGAAAAGG